GGCGCUUCCGGGAGCGAGGCGCUUCCUUCCUGCCUGUGCGCGUGGAGGAGGGCGGCGAGCGAGAGGAAGGGCUGGACGGGCCGAGGGACACGGGCGCCCCCCCCGCCGCCCCCCCCAACCCUGAGCGGGUCACAAAGGCGCCCCUCCCCCUCCCCCGCGCCAUGCGGGCGCCCCGGCGGGCAGGGCGGGCGGGAUCCGCGGGGGCCUCUCGGUCCGGGCCCCGCUCCCCUCGGCCAGGCCUGCGCGCCUCCUCCCGGGACAGUCAGCGGCGUCCCCGCCAGAUGUGAGGCUCCCUGGGACACCCGGCCUGUGGACAGAAGUGGCAGCCGCUGAUGGUCACCAGCCAUGUCAGAUCUCAUCCUCAAUCUGGACACAGCCCUGCAGGAGUUUCCGAAAAGGGGCGCUGAAGGCAGCAAGAAGCACCAGCGCUUUGUCAAGUGCCGACGUUUCUUGGAGAAGAAGGGCUUCUUGAGACAGAAACAGCUGCCGACGGAGACUGCCCUGCCCAAACGCGAUGCUUCUCGCAAGGGCAGAGAGGCGGAGCGGGAGAGGGGGAAGAAGAGGAAGAAGGCCGACAGCCCCGGGAGCCAAGGUGGGGCAGGAAGGGCGGGCGGCUUUGGGUGUGGGCCCAAAAUGCUUCCCAAGAAAAAUGCCACAUGUGGCAGCAAGACUUCAGAGACCUCUGGCCAGUCUGGAAUCUCUGCAACACCCAGCAAAACAGGAAGCAGCUCUGCGAGGCCCAAAGGGACCCAGAACAACUGCAGUGCGGGCGGCCUUAGCAAGGCUCACCUGUGGAGCGAGUACGACAGCGGCCUCUCCUCAGCGGCAGCCGCGGGCCUGCCCAGCAAAAUGGUGGCCAUUGACUGUGAGAUGGUGGGCACCGGACCAGGGGGGCGGAACAGCGACCUGGCUAGGUGCAGCAUCGUGGGCUACUAUGGCGAUGUGAUAUACGACAAAUACAUCCGGCCAGUUGAGGCCAUCACCAAUUACCGGACACGGUGGAGCGGCAUCCGGAGGCACCACAUGAUGAACGCGGUCCCCUUCAAGGCAGCCCAGAAGGAGGUGAGGGGGCCGCAGAGGCCACUGCUCAGCUUCCUUGCUGGGACUGUCUUGCCAUUUCGGGGUGUUUUCCCCCGGGUUCUGCUGAGUUUCUUAGCUGGGAGCUGAAAGAUAGGACCUCCUAGAUCAAGGGUCUU